GGCACUGAAGUGAACCCCGCAGUCCCAGACCUUUUGCCAAACUUAUUGCGGGUGACCAUUCAACAUGGGCAGAAGCAUUAGCGAGCCUCGGAAAAAGCAAGGAUGAAUGGGGAAGUGAGGGUGUCAACCCCACGGCCGAGUCCCCCCAUGUAACAUGGGUAGCUGACGCCGGGUGUUAACGAGAUCAAGCUGAACGUACCUAUUGAUGACAAACCUGAAGUGGUCACUCAGUUGACGCAUUUUAGCUCAUUGCAAAACCAGAAGAAAGCCUACUCUACUCCGUUGACAAUGCACUCUGUAAAGUCGACAGAGGUGAACUCGCCAGAAACUUUGUCACCACGACCUGCUCCGCCGGACUUCUUUCCGUUCUAUAUUGUGCCGGGCAUCUCCAAUUUCCGCGACAUAGGCGGAUGGCCUUCUGCGACUGGUCAAAUUCGCAAGGGGAUAUUGUACCGCGGGUCAGACACCAAUCGCGUGCAGCCUGACGGCAUUGUGAAGCUCCAGGGGCUGGGUAUCAAGACAGAUUUCGAUCUUCGAAGCAAGCAGCAGAUUGAAAAGACGGGCGGGUACAAAGAAAUCGACGGAAUUGAACGAAAAUGGACUCCCGUGUUCAACGACGAGCAAUAUACGGAGGAAGCGGCGAGAAAACGAUAUGAGUUGUACGCUGGAGAAGGGGCAGAUGGCAUCGUAGAAGCAUUCGUGGAAAUUCUUACUUCUGGAGCACAAAUGUUUGGGACGGUCUUGCGCCAGAUCAUAGCCACUGUACCAACUCCUACAGACAGUGACAUGAGGACUGCGCCAGCUCUCUUCAUGCACUGCACCACAGGCAACAAUAGGACCGGAGUCUUCAUUGCGCUACUACUACUUUUGUUGGACGUUCCCACAGAACUUGUCGUUAACGAUUAUACGCUAUCGGAACAGGGUCUCGCCCCGACAAGGCACAUCAAUGUAGACAGAUUAUUGAAGAAAGGUGCAUUCGAGGAGUAUGGGCCCGAUGAAGCGAGACGAAAAUGUGAGCGAAUGGUGGGAGCCAGAGCUGAAAGCAUGCUUGCCUUGGUGGAAGAGGUAGAUAGACGAUGGGGAGGCCCAAAGGGAUACUUCAAACAAGAGGUCGGUCUUGGGAACGCAGAGGUCCAGAAACUACGUGAUAUCUUGAUAGUCCCAGCUCCAUCUGUUGGAUAGUGUAAAGGUCCAAUACAGGUACGGCAAUGACGGUAAUAAGAAUGACAUUUCGUCGAUGCGAAGAAUUUAUUGUGUAUACUAGUCGUGUGUCCAGAUCUGUUGAAACGACCCAGGGACUGAAGACUGCAUGUUACAUUGCAGUUAUUUUAUAUAUUUUC